CUAUAUUAGUCCAGCAGGCGUCACUUGUUUUGUUUAUAAAUUGCUGCAAAAGGAUAUAUCGUUAUCUAAUCUGAUCCUAUUUUUGCAGAUCCCAAUACUUUUGUCUGACUAUUUUUAUUUCAAUAAUUAUCCAAGCUGCUCCUUAUUUUCCUUUCUGUAUGUAUACAUACAUAUUCCUGCUCCUCUCUCUCUGUGUUAAUCAUCAAUUUGCAGGAUAGAACAUAUACAUAUAUACUUGAGCAGAAACUAAAUCAUGGAUAUAAUAACCAACGAGGCAAGCGUCGACCCGUUUUCGAUCGGGCCGUCGACCCUCGUGGGUCGAACCAUCGCGUUCCGGAUCUUACUAUGCAAAUCCAUAUCACACUUGAAGCACCAAAUCUUCAUUACAUUAUAUUCCCACCUUCAGAAACUGAAGAACCACCUCUCCCCUCUAAUCUCAUGGCUCCACCCUCGAAACCCGCAAGGCAUACUGCUACUCGUCACACUAAUCGCGUUCCUGCUAAAACGAUGCACAAACGUCAAAACCAGAGCAGAAAUGGCUUACAGGAGAAAGUUCUGGAGGAACAUGAUGAGGUCAGCUCUAACCCACGACGAGUGGGCCCACGCCGCUAAAAUGCUCGAAAAGGAAACCCUCAGAACAACUAACAACAACCACCAAGAAAACCUCUACGACGAAGAGCUUGUUAAAAACAAGCUCCAAGAGCUCCGCCACCGCCGCCAGCAGUGCUCCCUCCGUGACAUCAUCUUCUGCAUGAGGGCCGAUUUGGUCCGGAACCUCGGUAACAUGUGCAACCCCGAGCUCCAUAAAGGAAAACUCCACGUGCCUAAAUUGAUCAAGGAGUACAUAGAUGAAGUCACCAUGCAGUUGAGAAUGGUGUGCGACUCCGAUUCGAACGAGCUUCUUCUGGAAGAGAAGCUCGCUUUCAUGCAUGAAACGAGGCACGCUUUUGGCCGGACGGCGUUGCUUUUGAGUGGCGGUGCUUCUUUAGGAGCUUUUCAUGUUGGAGUGGUGAAAACUUUAGUCGAACACAAGCUUUUGCCGAGAAUAAUUGCGGGUUCGAGUGUGGGGUCCGCUAUGUGUUCGGUUUUGGCAACUCGAUCUUGGCCGGAGCUACAGAGUUUCUUCGAGGAUUCCUGGCAUUCGAUCCAGUUCUUCGAUCAAAUCGGAGGGAUCUUUACGGCUUUCAAGAGAAUCAUGAUGCAUGGGGCGGUGCACGAGAUUCGGCAGCUGCAGAUGAUGUUGAGGCAUUUGACCAACAAUCUGACUUUUCAAGAAGCGUACGAUAUGACGGGGCGGGUGCUGGGUAUUACAGUGUGUUCGCCACGUAAGCACGAGCCGCCUAGGUGUCUCAACUACCUGACUUCUCCACAUGUCGUGAUAUGGAGUGCCGUGACGGCUUCGUGCGCCUUUCCGGGGUUGUACGAGGCGCAGGAGCUUAUGGCGAAGAAUAGGAGCGGCGAGAUUGUGCCUUAUCAUCCCCCGUUUAAUGUGGGCCCCGUUGAAGAGGGGGGUAAAACGGGAUAUUCAUCGAGACGGUGGAGAGAUGGGAGCUUGGAGAUUGAUUUGCCUAUGAUGCAGUUGAAGGAAUUAUUUAAUGUGAAUCAUUUCAUUGUGAGCCAGGCCAAUCCUCAUAUUGCACCAUUGCUGAGGUUGAAGGAGAUGGUUAGAGCUUAUGGAGGCAACUUUGCAGCUAAGCUUGCUCAACUAGCUGAGAUGGAGGUAAAACACAGAUGCAAUCAGAUAUUGGAGCUUGGUUUCCCAUUGGGUGGUAUUGCCAAACUCUUUGCUCAGGAUUGGGAAGGUCAUGUUACUGUUGUAAUGCCUGCUACUUUAGCCCAGUUAUCGAAAGUAAUACAGAAUCCAUCGUACGUGGAGCUACAAAAGUCGGCAAACCAGGGGAGAAGAUGCACCUGGGAGAAGCUCUCCGCAAUAAAAGCAAACUGCGGCAUCGAAUUAGCGCUCGACGAAUGCGUCGCCGUUUUGAACCACAUGCGCAGGCUGAAGAGAAGCUCUGAGAGAGCAUCCGCAGCCGCAGCCGCAUCUUCUUCCCACGGUCAGGCGAGCAGCGUAGCAAAACUCAACGCCUCCAAGAGAAUCCCUUCAUGGAACGUCAUCGCCCGCGAGAACUCGACCGGAUCGCUCGAGGAAGACCUGGUCGGCCGGAACUGGCGGUCGAAUUACAGCGACAGCGAGUCGGAGGCUAGCGUGGUGGACCCCGCUUCCUGGACGAGGACCGGCGGGCCGUUGAUGAGGACGACCUCGGCCGACAAGUUCAUCGACUUCGUGCGGAAUUUGGAGGGUCCGACAGCGAGCAUUACGGUGGGUGAGGGUGAUCUCUUGCAGCCGGAGAGAAUCGAAAACGGAAUCGUUUUCAACGUCGUGAGGAGGCGAUCGUCUCCGCAUGAUUCGGCUGCUGAUCUUGUGGAACAGGACAGCCUUGAGAAUGAAUCCAUGUCUGAAAACGGAGACGAUGUUGUCGGGGAAGACGACGUUUGUGUUGAUGCUGACACAGCCACGUAGCAACUUGUUGGUUGGAAGAGAUGGAUCAAAGGAAGGUUCAAGGAAAGAAGCUCCAAGAAAAAAGGGAAUGGACAGAGAGUAGUCAAACAUCAAUCUAUGUAUGUAUUGCAUUUUGUCAUUUGGUAAUAAUUCAGUGUUUGGCGCCUUUUGUUUGCUACUGUGGAUUAGUCCCCCUACAUACUUCCAAGCUUUGUUUACAUUUUGAUUUUUUUUUUAUUUUUUUGUAAAUUAUCUUUUCAAUUUUGCAUGAAAUUAAAGUG